CUCAGAUUGUAAACGUUUUGUGGAUUUGCUCUCCAACACAGCGGUGUUGCUGUACUAGUAACGAAUUUGGCACCUUCUCUUAACGUGACACACCCUUUACUAAUUGGCCGUGUCGGGUGGUGGCGGGUUUGACGACACGUUUAAAUUAUUUACGCCUCUUAAAGUUCAACAUAAAUGCCUCAGGGGUGUAAACGCGCCACGCUGAAUUUGGGACAGAGGGAAACCCCCCCUCGGGUUUGGCAUGCGGCCCCGCCGCUGAUUCACGUCAACCAAUGAGCGAUCGCCUUGAUUGGAGGGGCGGCACCGUGAGCUCUGCGAGUCGUCGUCGUCGUCCAAUCGGCGGCGGCGACGUUGCCGCGCGCGGGAAAACAAAACCCAAUUCGUUCCGUGAGGCGGAAAUUUUAAUUGGUUUCGUGUUUUUUUAAAUAAACAACUGCGGAUGAGUUCAAUCGCGAAGUCGCUUCCACUCCGUAACGAGUAACAGCAUCGCGUGAAUAACUUGUACGUUUAAAAAAAUAUAAUCCUACUUUGUAUGCGUCGUGUACGUUGAUACGUGAAUGCAGUUGUGACUUUAAACGAUUUGCGUGGUCUAAAGGCGCAGCACUGCAAUUGCUCGGUGCUGGUGGAAGGGCCUCCCUAGUCAACCACUCUAAGUCUCAAGGGUUAUUUUGGCCUACUCUUCCACGCUGACCAGCCGCGUUUGCAAGAGGACACACAGGGCAUGAGUGAGCCGGAGUGCAGGGGGAGAGGAGGGGGAGGCUGGCUGCGAGGUGGCCAUAGAAGAGGGUCAGGAGGCAACUGGCGUGGCCGCUACAACGGCCGGGGAGGCGGUGGUGGCAGCUGCGCCCGUGGUGGAUUCAAUGUGUCAUCUCCAAAGAUUCCCUCCUCUUCGUGCCACGCCAGGGUCCUUCAAACCACCCUGGAUGAUUUCUGCCCAUACCCAGGAUGGAAGCUCUACUUUCCUUCUGAAGUUUAUUGCAAUUCCGGAGGUAUUGUCACCAAAGUGGAGGUCUUUGAGAAGUUUUUCUUUGCAAGGCUUGAACUGUAUAAUAAGGAUGAGAUUGAAGAAAAAGGUAGCAUCCUGGUGGACUUCAAAGAACUGGUGGAGGACCACUGUCUGACUGUCGCUAUGCCUACGCUGGCAGAUGACCUUGCUGAGACUCCUGACCGUGUGCUGCAGUACAUGGGGUUGGCCGUGCAUCAGACCCUUACGAAGGACUUGGAAAGUCAGGUGGUGCAGCUGCAGCAACAAGCCGACAUUCAGCAAGAGGAGGCGCCCACGGUGAACGUGCCUCUUAUAAACGUUCGAAUUUACAACUACGAGCCGCUGACCCAGUUGAAGAACUUGCGUGCCAACUGCUACGGGAGGCUGGUGGCGAUCCGCGGCACGGUGGUGCGUGUCGGCAACAUCAAACCGCUGUGCACGCGUCUCGCCUUCUCCUGCAAUGCGUGCGGAACCGAGCAAGUGCUGCGGCUCCCGUACGGGAAAUUCACGCUCCCGACCAAGUGCGCCGAUGAAGAUUGCCGCUCGAGAACAUUCAUGCCGAACAGACGCUCUCAGCUCACCGAGACUGUUGACUGGCAAAAUAUCAAGGUGCAGGAGCUGAUGCACGGGGAGCAGCGCGAGGCUGGCAGGAUCCCUCGCACGGUGGAGUGUGAGCUCACGCACGACCUGGUCGACAGCUGCGUCCCCGGGGAUGUCAUCACCCUCACGGGCAUCGUAAAGGUUGCCAGCAGCGAUGAAGGACGCAACAAAAGCAACAAGGACAAGUGCAUGUUCCUGCUGUACAUCCAGGCGGUGGCGGUGAGCAACACCAAGGGGCAGCGUAGUGACGGGGGCGGGGAAGAUACGGCACCUGGGGUGGCGCUGGAUUUCUCUCUCAAGGAGCUGUAUGCCGUGCAGGAGAUCCAAGCGCAGCCCCACCUCUUUCGCCUCCUCGUGCAUUCUAUUUGUCCGACCAUUUACGGCCACGAGCUGGUGAAAGCCGGGCUGGCCCUGGCCCUUUUUGGCGGCGUCCAACGCUACGGGACGGACAAGAACCGCAUCCCCGUGCGCGGAGACCCCCAUGUGCUCAUUGUGGGUGACCCGGGCCUCGGCAAGAGCCAAAUGCUGCAGGCGGUGUGCAACAUAGCGCCGCGGGGCGUGUACGUGUGCGGCAACACCACCACCACGGCCGGACUCACCGUCACGCUUUCCAAGGACGGUCCCUCGGGGGACUACGCGCUGGAAGCUGGUGCCCUGGUCCUGGGAGAUCAAGGCUUGUGCUGUAUCGACGAGUUUGACAAAAUGCCAAACCAACACCAGGCACUGCUGGAGGCGAUGGAGCAACAGAGUAUCAGCUUGGCCAAGGCUGGCGUGGUUUGCAGCCUUCCGGCACGAACGUCCAUCGUGGCAGCUGCCAAUCCUGUUUGUGGACACUACAAUAAGUCCAAGACUGUCUCUGAGAACCUAAAGAUGGGCAGUGCCCUGCUGUCGCGCUUCGACCUUGUCUUCAUCCUGGUGGACACUCCGGACGAGGAGCGCGACCACGUGCUCUCGGAGCACGUCAUGGCCAUGCACGCCGGCAAGCGGAUGCUGGCGGGGGCCUCUGUGAGCCGUGCGGCCGCCCCUGGGCUGAAGCUCACCGCCUCCUCGUCGUCUGACGAUGUCCUCGGUGGCCUCUCUCUUUCCGAUCGACUUAAGGCUCGGCGCGGCGAGGCGCUGGACCCCGUGCCCCACUCGCUGCUGCGCAAGUACGUGGGCUACGCGCGGCGCUAUGUGCGGCCGUGCCUCUCGGCAGAGGCGGCGCAGACGCUGCAGGACUUCUAUUUGGAACUGCGGCGGCAGCACCACGGGGGAGAUGGCACGCCCAUCACCACGCGCCAGCUCGAGUCGCUCAUCCGUCUCACCGAGGCGAGAGCCCGGCUGGAGUUGAGAGAGAAUGCCACCAAGGAGGAUGCAGAUGAUGUGAUAGACAUCAUGAAACACAGCUUCUCCGACACGUUGUCCGAUGAGCUGGGCACGCUGCACUUUGAGCGCACGCAGCACGGCUCCGGCAUGAGCAACCGCUCGGCGGCCAAGCGCUUCGUGACGGCGCUCGCCCGCUGCUCGGAGCAGAUCUGCAACACCAUGUUCACGAUGCAGCAGUUGCAGCAGCUAGCGCGCGACAUUGGCCUGCAGGUGGCCGACUUUGAGGGCUUCAUCAGCUCCUUGAACACACAGGGCUUCCUGCUGCACAAGGGGUCUAAAGUGUAUCAGCUACAGGCCAUGUGAGAUGGCCCUCCGAGAGAGUCGGGAGACUGUGGUCACACGGGGAGUUGGUCAACUGAAAUGCGUUACGAGCAUCCGAUCUGUCCUUGCAUCAGAAGCACGCUGUGCAUUAUAAACAGCAUUUGCUGCUGAUGCGACUGCCGCUGCUGUGUUCUGACCCGGUUUAUGACGAUUCCCACAUUGAAAGUUGUCAUUUGCAGCAGGGGUUUCACUCACCUGGACAAGCACUGUCACCCGUGAAAAAGCUACCGCUCGCGCCCGCUUGGAAGCUUGCGAGCCCGUGCAGGAGACAGGGCAGUAAAUCUCGAUUGGAAACUCACGUCUUUUGGAACAGUUUUUUUUCUUUUUAGUUUGUUGUCCUUUACCCGCACGUCCGAUUAGCACGGUUGGCUACGUACGGUGCGAAAAAAGUUCAACAUACAUACACACAACACUGCUAACAUGCCUCUUGUCUUUCUGUUCUACGUUAGCUUCAAGUCCAUAAAUAUGUAAUUACGAAUGUUCCUUUUGUUAUUUCAACAAUACAAUGCCACUUCUGUUCGUGUUUUCUGCAAGUGCAGACUAAAUGCCUAAGUUGCGUUGUCAUUUAUAAUAAUUUCAAUAAUAAAUAUUUUAAGUACCUAUAUAUUAUAUAGCUUCUGCAAGUUCACACUCAAUGUGCAAUUCAGAACGGUAUAAUAAUUAUGAUUACAAAACUUAUCUGCUAAAAGUGCCAGUUUUCCAUGAACGUUUGCCUUAAGCACAACAUUUUAACGAAAAUGUAACAGAAUGUUAUUUAUUAUUCUUAGUAGUUCAAUAAUAAGCCUUUAGAAUUAUUCUUUCCCCUUCAGUGCUUACUGCAAGUCUGAACUAAUACGUAUUUCACAAUGUUAUUUAUUAUUCCUAUAAGAAGGCAUUCAAGGGCCUCUCUUAUAUUCAUGUUUGCUCAAAUAACAUGCAAUUUACAAUAAAUUUUAAUAACCACCACCAUUACCGUCAUCACCACGACCACCGCCACCAUCAUCACCACCAACCGUUAAUGAGCAUCGGUCUGCCUGCACUCUUGGGAUUGUUUGGUAGACUCCACCUACUCAAGCGUUUCUAUCUCAUUUACAAUCCUGUUUGUUUUCCCAAGGCCUCCAUGACACUGCCUUCCUGCCGCUUCUAGAAUUCCCAUUCUACGAAAUGAAAUAAAUUGGUGAAACGCG